AUGCGUUGCUUCAGCUGCCUCGUUUCCCUCACUGCGCCGUCCCGCAUUCCUUCCCCCCUCCUUCCGCAGCCCCCUCAUCCCCCCACCCAGCAUCCGGACCCCAUAGGAAUGGGGUUGGGGCAGGAGGCAGGGGCGGAAGAGGCAUGUCCUUUCCUUAUGCUGCCACUGCUGCUCCCCGCAUCCCCCCAGCAUCUGGACCCCAUAGGCAUGGGGUUGGCGCAGGAGGCAGGGGUGGAGGCGGCAUGCCCUUUCCUCAUUCUGCCACUGCUGUUCGUCUUUCUCCUUUUCCCGUUCCCACUUGCCUUCCCUGCAUCUCCCCAGCACCCAGACCCCAUAGGGAUGGGCUUGGCACAGGAGGCAGGGGUAUGGCCACUGGAGGUCAACAGCCCGCUCUCCUGGAAGGCGAUAGAGCCCAUGGCCCGAGAGCUCAAGACCGUGUCCAAGCUAGCAGAGAAAGCCAUUGACCUCAUGAACGCCCCUCUUGGCCACUGA